GGUGGCAACAUCCUAACUGUCACUUGGAAAUGGCAUGCUUCAUUUCUUACCAGACUAUUCUCGAAAAUUACGAGAAAACGAAGUGAUUCGCAACUAGCACGCGGGUUAUUUGUAAUCAUAUUGUGUGUUGAAUCAAUCUCUAGCGUUACGAUUGGGUUCGCCGAUCACAACGUGUCAAAAAUCUUGACUGUCACGGUUUUGACUUGACUCCGUGUGUGGUGAUCUCAAGAAAAGUUAAUUCUAAGACCUUGUGUGUAUAAUCAAUCUUGAAAAAUGGCCAAAUGGGGCGAAGGUGAUCCUAGAUGGAUUGUGGAGGAGCGGCCAGACGCUACAAAUGUGAACAACUGGCAUUGGACGGAGAAAAAUGCAGGACCGUGGUCGAAGGAGCGGCUAAAAGAGCUGCUGAAUAAUUUCAAGAUAGCGCAAAAUGGUGUAGAUUGUAAGGUGACAGAGGUGGAGAAGCUGGACGGUGAGGCUUCAGCGAAUAAUAGGAAAGGAAAGUUAAUAUUUUUCUAUGAAUGGGAUAUUAAAUUGAAGUGGGAAGGCACCUUGGCUGGUAGCAAGGAUGUCGUGAAGGGAGAAGUGAGCAUUCCGAACUUGUCGGAGGAGAACGACGUUAGCGAAGUGGAUAUUUCAGUCACAAUCAAAGGCAGCGGUGAGGAAGCUCAGAGGGUCAAAGCGUUUAUGCACAACGUAGGCCGAGAUAAAAUCCGUAAGCAGCUCUCAGAGUAUGUCCGUAGUCUCAAAGAAGAAUUCUCCAAAGGUCUCAUUCUACCCAAGAAGGGAGAAACCACCGUAAAACCAGAUAAUGUCUCAAUGAUCACCAGCGGUUUCAAUAAGAAAGUUAGCAUGGACCCCAUAGUAGCUCCGAAGAAUAAUCAGAUUGGUUGCAAGUUGGAUACGAAGAGCAUUGAGCUGUCGGAGAAGUUUCAGUGUCGUGCACAGGAGUUCUAUGAUGCUAUGACUCGAAUAGAAAUGGUUACUGCUUUUACACAGGGUCAUGUGAAAAUGGAAGCGGAGAAGGGUGGCAAGUUUGCUCUCUUUGGCGGUAACAUUACGGGCGAGUUCAGGGAGCUGGUGCCUCCAAAGAAGAUAGUCCAGUAUUGGCGGUACAAACAGUGGCCGGAACAACACUUCUCUGAAGUCACAUUUAUUAUUGAUGAGAAGGACGACCACACCCUGGUGACAGUGAAGCAGGACCUGGUCCCGACCGCGGAGGUGGACCAGACCCGCGACAACUGGCGGCGGUACUACUUCGACAGUAUUAAGCGCGCGUUCGGCUUUGGAGCGUUCCUGUGAUGCGGUACGCUUAUUAGGUUGAAUUUUAACAGUAAAGCGGUUCUGUUGAAGAUAGCACCCGUAAACGACAUGUUUUGUAAAAUGCAAGAUUUCAUUUUAUGUAAAUUUUGUAAUGAAACUGUGAUGAAUAACUUAAUUAUGCCGGUUUGUGAAUGCGCUGCGGAUAUGAAUUCAAGGCUUGUAGUUAGAACAAAUGGUUUUUUUAAUUUCAAUUUCUGCGGUCGAGUCUCGAGGUAGUUUCUGUGAAGUGGCGCUAGUGUCGAAAAUUGUCACCUUAUUUUAAAGGGGUUAAAGUGAGUUGUACGUUUGAUGUAGUCUUUUAGCCCUAGAAUUAAAGGAAUGAUAUUUAAUAAUGCGUUGAAAUAUGAUGAUAGCAAAUACAUCAUUAAAUCACUCCAUAUUUUCUACUGGUGAAUGAAAAGUGUACUUUAAAUGCCAUGCCAUUAGAGCCCUUUUAAUAGGAGCAGACAUGAUUGUGUCUUAUUUCUUUUGGAAUAGAGUCUAUAAAAAGUUUCAUUGUUGUAAAUACACGCCUAUGCUAUCGCAAUUUUGAACUUUAUCACAAUAUGUAUUAAGUUGAAUGUGAAAUGAAAAUGUCCUAAAAUUAUUGCUUUCUUCAUCCUGGGGACGUGAUUUCAGAAUGGAUGAUCAUGUGUGAUGCUUUAUUACUCAAUGAAUUGCAAGGCAAACAGCACUUUGUACUCCAGAUAUAAAGUUUAAAAUCGAAUGCCAAUGGCUUCCUAGUUACUAAUAAUAAUAAUUAUAUUAAUGUUAUCCAAAUAGUUUAGGAAAUAAAUAUACAAUUGUUGAGGUAAUGAUUUCUGAUGACUUAAGUUGUACUGCCAUGUAUCUACCUCGUUUAGUGGCCUAUGAAGAUGUAACUUAAAUAUAAUCAAGUCAUCAUUCUUCCCUUUUAGUCAUAUUGAACCGAUUAAAAAUAAAUAGUAGUUGUGUGUUUUGUACUUACAAUUUUAUAUUGAGAAUCUUGGCUGUUGUUGAUGUAUUAAUUCUUUCAGUGAUCGAAAAUGCAAUACUUUUAAUGAUAUGUGUUUAUUAACUAGUCAUUUGUCAUAAUUUUAUAUGAAUUUCCAACGUGAUUUCAUAGUUUUGUGCAAUUUUAAAUUAAAACUAAAUCUACAAGAGUUUACUAAUGUAUAAUAUACUGUAUUUAGCAUUUCUUUUUAUCAUCGCACCGCUCGCCAUCGACAGGGGGUUCACGCUCACUCAUUGGAGCCAAUAUGGUCCCGUACAGUUCGG